GUCAUCGGUGACAGGCUGCGGCUGUGGUGUCAACAUGGCUACCGCAGGUGACGAGGAGACGGGGGCAUCGCCUGCUCGUCUGGCGUGUGAGACUGAAGAUCCUACAGACAAGCCAAGGAUAAGACACACCAGCAUGGCAGAAAAUCCUUUUCAGUAUCUAUUGGAGCCUCUCCCUGGCAGUUCUGACAAGAUGUUUUUCAAUGUGUCUAAGCUCCAGGCUGCUGAGUAUGACUCCUUGCCUUACUGUAUGCGUGUGGUGCUGGAAGCUGUAGUGCGCAACUGCGAUGGAGUCCUGAUAAAGCCACAGGAUGCCAUGAACAUUCUGAAUUGGAAAACAAAAUGUGAAAGUAGAGAAGUCCCCUUCUUGCCAGGCCGUGUCCUCUUGCAGGAUUUUACAGGGAUUCCUGCAAUGGUGGAUUUUGCUGCAAUGAGAGAUGCAGUGAAGAAAUUGGGGCGAGAUUACAAGCAAGUCAAUCCAGUCUGUCCUACAAACCUCAUCGUAGACCACUCACUGCUGCUGGAUGUCACUAAAUGCAGUACAGCACAAAGUGUCCCUACUGCUUCACCAAUUGAAACAAGCAAACCAGCCACCAAACUUUCACCUGCAAAAAUGCCUGGACGUAAACCUCACUGCAGAAGUCCGAAUGGAUGCAAAGGAGCGUGUGAUUCAGGAUCUUCAAGCAAGAACUCUAAGGAGCAAAUUGAGAACACACCUAUGCUGUGUCCUUUCCACUUGCAACCAAUUCCAGAGCCAGAAGCUGCAUUAAAAAGUCUUGAGAUGGAGUUCAACCGGAAUAAAGAAAGGCUUCAGUUUUUCAAGUGGUGCUCCAAGGCUUUCCAAAAUGUGACUGUGAUCCCUCCAGAAACUGGAACAGUGCACCAGGUGAACCUUGAGUACCUAUCCCGUGUGGUAAUGGAGGAGAAGGGUCUUCUCUAUCCAGACAGUGUACUGGGUACAGACUCCCACACAACCAUGGUAAAUGGUCUUGGAAUCCUGGGGUUGGGUGUGGGAGGAAUAGAGUCUGAAGCCGCCAUGCUGGGAAUGCCAGUUACAUUGACCUUGCCGGAUGUCAUUGGAUGUAAACUAACAGGCACUGCUAGCCCCUUUGCUACUUCCAUAGAUGUUGUUUUAAGCAUCACAAAGCACUUAAGACAGUCUGGUGUAGCUGGCAAAUUUGUGGAGUUCUUUGGGGAAGGGAUCUCCCAACUCUCAGUAGCUGACCGCACAACCAUAGCCAACAUGUGUCCAGAAUAUGGGGCCACUGUUGCCUUCUUCCCUGUGGAUACUGUAACCCUUUGUCACCUGAAGCAGACUGGUUUUGAUCCACAGAAUCUCAAAAUAUUUGAAGGUUAUCUGAAAGCUGUGAAGUUGCUAAGGCAUGAGGAUACUUCCAAAUAUCCAGAAUAUUCUAAGGUUUUAGAGAUUAACCUGCACUCCAUUGUCCCAUAUGUGAGCGGACCUAAGAAACCUCAGGACAGAGUAUCUGUGGCAGACAUGAAGAAAGAUUUUGGAAAUUGUCUGAAUGAAAAGGCUGUAUUAAGAGGCUUCCAGAUUCCAGUAGAAAAACAAAACCUGGUGGUACCUGUGACAUUUGGAGGUUCAGAGUACUGUUUGGGACAUGGCUGUGUUCUUAUUGCUGCUGUGAUCAGCUGCACUAACAACUGUAAUCCCUCAGUCAUGCUGACUGCAGGCUUGUUAGCUAAGAAAGCUGUGGAAGCUGGACUCACAGUGAAGCCGUACAUAAAAACUAGUCUGUCUCCUGGGAGUGGAACUGUCACACACUACCUCACUGCCAGUGGGGUGCUGCCAUACCUUAGCCAGCUGGGGUUUGAUAUAAUUGGAUAUGGCUGCUCGCGUUGUGUGGGGAACACAAACCCUUUACCAGAGGAAAUUGUCACAGCUAUUAAAGAGGGUGAGUUGGUGGCAUGUGGCGUUUACUCUGGAAGCAAACACUUUGAGGGACUUCGAUGUAGUUGCGUCCGAGCAAAUUACUUGGCUUCGCCACCUCUAGUUGUGGCUUAUGCUCUGGCUGGUACUGUGAACACUGAUCUGCAGACAGAAGCAUUAGGCAUAAAUGCUAAAGGUGAGCAGGUCUUUCUGCGAGAUAUAUGGCCAAGUCGUGAGGAAGUUUUGCAGGUGGAGGAGAACCUUGUGAUACCGUCCAUGUUCAAAGAGCUAAAAGUGAAAAUAGAGAAGCAAAGUACAAGGUGGAACUUACUAGAUGCUCCAGAAAGCCCUUUAUUUCCUUGGGAUCUCAGAUCGACUUAUAUCAGGAGCCCUCCCUUUUUCUACAAAUUAGAUAAAUUCCCCUCACCUCAGCAGCCCAUCGAGAAAGCACACGUAUUGCUUUAUUUAGGAGAUUCAGUGACCACAGACCACGUUUCGCCCGCAGGAAGCAUCCCUCGUACAAGCCCAGCUGCCAAGUACCUGAUCCAAAAGAACCUAGCACCACGGGAGUUUAAUUCAUAUGGAGCCCGAAGAGGUAACGACGCUGUGAUGACUCGGGGGACCUUUGCAAACAUGAAGCUUUUUAAUAAACUCAUUGGCAAAAUGGGGCCAAAAACCAUCCAUUUCCCUUCUGGACAAACUAUGGAUGUAUUUGAUGCUGCAGAACUAUAUCAAAAAGCAGACAUCCCACUUAUCAUUAUAGCAGGUAAAAAAUAUGGUUCAGGAAGCUCAAGAGACUGGGCUGCUAAAGGACCCUAUUUACUGGGUGUCAAAGCUAUAAUAGCUGAAAGUUAUGAGAAAAUCCACAAAGACCACUUAGUGGGUAUGGGCAUUGUUCCUCUUCAGUUUUUUCCUGGAGAAAAUGCAGAAUCCCUGAACCUUUCAGGGAAAGAACAGUAUUCUAUAUCCAUUCCAGUGGAGUUGUCACCAAAAGAUACACUGGAGGUCAAGACAAACAGUGGGAAGGUGUUCCGUGUGAUUGCAGCCUUUGACAAAGAAGUAGAAGUCACGUUCUAUCAACAUGGAGGAAUAUUAAAUUAUGUGGCCAGGAAAUAUUUAUAAUCCCCUGCCAAGGAUGCUAAUGUCAGCACAUGGUGGUAUUGGUGCCUCCCGCUCCCCUUUACGAAACUUCCAGGAGACAAAGGAUUUUGGGGAAAGCAGUAACCUUCUUCCACUGCUUUCAGGGUAAGACUGGUGCUGCAGGCAUGUCCUCUGUAAGCCCACUGGAGUGGCGAAGGAUGUUUGUCCGUCUACAUGAACUUAUCACAGAUACUUUUGCCAGUGAAGAUGCUGAAUGAACCCACAUCGAUGCUCAUGCACUGCUUAUACAUAAUAUCCCAAAAUGGCAAUUUCAUGGAAUUCUGUUAGCUAUUUUUUAUCACGAGAGGUGGUAUUUUAUGAAAGAAAAAGAACUGAUUCUUCCACAAAACUUGCAGUUUCAUGAAUUUUCUGACUCCUAAGCUGCCUAUGGAAUGAUUUGAUUUAUUUACUUUUGUUCUGCUAAAAGAACUCGAUGUUCGGGAUGGUAUGUAAUAAAAUAAAGAUAAUGAAAAUCUUA